UCCAAAGUUGGAAGCCGUCUGACGAGUCGGCGAUAGUCGUAACUACCGGCUGCUUCCCGUUUUACUUCUGUUUUCUUUUGAUCUUUUGCCUUUAUUUCUUCUUUCUUACAUUAAACCGCAUAACAGAGGUGCGAAGUCUGAUUUUGGGAGGAUAUUCUUUUUUUUUCCGUUUCUUUUUAUUGUGUUCCACGUUAACAUGACAUUGAGUUAAAUGGUAAAUCGCACGUGUCCUUAUUAGCAGUCUUUGCGCAUCAUCAUUCGCUCAGCGACGGAUUGAUUGCGAUGCCCGAUUCGAGGAUGUCCGGCAAGAAGGGCAUGGUGUCGAGCAUUCGCACUCGAAUCAGGACCGAUUCGUUUAGCACCAACUAUGAGAUAGUGGGCAAGGAGCUGGGCAGGGGUAAGUUUGCUGUGGUGAAGAAGUGUAUCGAGAAGGCGACGGGCAAAGAGCACGCUGCCAAGUUCCUGCGAAAGCGGCGGAAAGGGCAGGACUGCCGCUCGGACAUCAUCCACGAGAUCGCUGUCCUGGAGUCGGCCGAGUCCAACCCCUUUGUUGUGUCUCUGCACGAAGUUUACGAGACUGCAGCUGAGAUCAUCCUGGUGCUUGAGUACGCGGCUGGAGGAGAGAUCUUCCAUCAGUGUGUGGCAGACAGCGAUGAGUCCUUCACGGAGCAAGAUGUCAUUCGGCUUGUCCGGCAGAUCCUCGUGGGCGUGGCUUGCCUGCAUGGCAAUAAUGUGGUCCAUUUGGAUCUGAAGCCCCAGAACGUCCUGCUGACUUGCUCCCAGCCCCUUGGGGACAUCCGCAUUGUAGACUUUGGCCUGUCCAGAUGCAUGGAUGAUAUGACAGAGGUUCGGGAAAUCAUCGGAACUCCAGAGUAUGUAGCACCAGAAGUCCUCAACUAUGAACCCAUCAGCACAGCAACAGACAUGUGGAGCAUUGGUGUCCUGACUUAUGUCAUGCUGACAGGCGAGUCCCCCUUCCUUGGUGACAACAAGCAGGAGACCUUCCUUAACAUAUCACAGGUCAACGUCGACUACUCCCAGGAGGUCUUUGAGGGCGUAUCAUCUCUUGCCAUCGACUUCAUCAAGUCUUUGCUUAUCAAGGACCCAAGAAGGAGAGCCACCGCUGAGGAAUGUGUAGCCCAUCCCUGGGUGAGCGAGCACCCCCACCCGCAGUCACACCCCCACUCUACCCUGCUGCCGACCCAGGAGCCCAAAACCAACCAUCCUGAGUCAGAACCAGAGCCCGAGAGCCCAGCCCACUCACCAGAGCUGGUCAUUGUUGCCUCCUACACCAUCUGCUCCAAUCAGAGUGAACUGAAGCCGGGAAGGGGGGCAUUUGCGUUUGAUGAGCCCUUCCCCACACACCCCGAGAUCACACAGAAGUGCGUCUUCUGAUCUGACUGCAAGAUCUGAACUUUAAUUGAGGGUUAUUAUUAGUCCCGUCCAGUGAGCACUUCUGAGUUGCGACGCAGCAGCAUCUGUGCCGGAGGAAAUGUUGUUGACGGACAAAGGUGUCAGUGCACAUUUUGAAGUUAUGCAUGUAUUUAGCAUCCAUAAACUGUAAUGACAUGUAAACCGCAUCCAAUACAGGGAAGUUUUGUUUUGAUUGAAAAUAUUUUGGAAAAGAUGCUGGAAGACCUUUCAUGUCAUUCUCUCUACCGAAAGGUAUUAGAGAUGAGAGGGAGAAGACUGGUCACUCGGGAGCAUUAGUUUGAUUCCGGAAACGCCCAGCUUGGCAUCUUUCUUUCUUUCUCUAUUUCACCACCAAGCAAAAGUGAGGAAGAGGGGUGAACAGUGUCUUUAUAUCCAUUAUUAGGACCUGAUAAGAGAGAGGACUGUUAUAACUGGAAAUGUAACAAAGUUCUGUUGAUGAUUUGCAAUAUUUUUAUGACAUUGCUAUAAUUCCACCACUCGUGAGAUGAAACUGUUGCAGAGCUGCACGAAGUUGGGAAAACUGAUAGUCGGGUGAAGCGCCUCACAAAGGUGAAUUCAUAUUUUGUUUUGCUUUUAUUUAUUUGAGCGUUUGUCCGUGCGCUCUUCACCAAGCAGUUCUUCUCAAGUCAGCUCUGCAAUCCAGGUACCAGGAUUUUUUUUUAUGUUUACAGCCUUCCUUAGCUGAAGGACGUUCGAAGUUCUAAGCACUUUGUCGAUGAAUGCAGCAGGCACGCUCAAAUGCUGGAGCAUGUUGCUCAUCAGAGACUCCUGGAAAAAAGUGGUAAAGGCAUUUACAUUUGUCCAAAAGAAAAAAA